AUGAAAAUGCUCUCCAGCCUUCCUGGCGUCAAACUUGGCCUGAUGGUUGGUAUCGGCGGCGUCAUUCCGAGUCAAAAAAAUGACAUUCGGCUCGGGGAUAUUGUUGUUGGGACCCUCAAUAGCGAAAACCAUAGUGACCAGGAGAACUUUGACAACUGUAACGAAGGAAAUGAGGAGAUACUUCUAGAACGGCCCGACGAAGAGCCAUGCAUUCACUACGGCGGCAUUGUUUCUGGGAACUCUGUAAUAAGAAAUACAGUAAUGCGCGAUUUGCUGGCGCAGAGCUGUCUUUGCUUUGAAAUGAAAACUGCUGGGUUGAUGAAUUAUUCUCCUUGUCUUGUCAUCUGGGGAAUCUGGGACUUGUGCGAUAUGCACAAAAAUGACCGUUAG